UUCCGCUUGUGCAGUUCUUGAAACAUCAGUGAGCCACUAUUACCGAAAACAGUCCUUCUCAGAACUACUCUCACCCGAACGAUCACACUACACCAUCAAAAUCAGUCAAACAGGAACAGUUUACAGUAGCCAACAUUUGCCUUUCUGAGAACAAACUCUCUGUUGCCGACUUUGAGAAAAAUGCUGAACACCACUGAUGAACAUAUAAACUCCUCAUUUGAAGUCAGGUAUCUGGCGUCACUUGUGGGGAUGUCUGCAGCAUUUGCAUUUUUGAACACUUUUUUCUCCAUCACCGCAAUACUUGGCAAUAUUCUCAUCCUAAUUGCUCUUAACAAAGUGACUUCGAUUCGUCCUCCAACGAAACUUUUGUUUCGAUGUCUGGCGGUCACCGAUCUUUGUGUUGGACUGAUAACGCAACCGCUGUUUAUAGUGACGCUUCUUGCCAGCAGCAACGUUCAUGAAUAUGUUGUAGGCAUACAGCAGGCUUCUUCUGUAGUUCUUUGUGGAGUCUCCCUCUUGACAUCAACUGCAAUAAGUGUGGACAGACUUCUUGCGUUGUCGUUGGGUCUGAGAUACAGAAUUGUUGUUACAUUAAGGCGGGUGCGAGCGCUUAUUAUCUCCUUUUGGGUUCUACUUGUUGCUUUAGCUGGGUGUAUCUACAUUUUAGACAUUUUCUUUAUUGUAUAUGGUGUUGUGAUGCUUAUUUCUCUUCUUAUCUCGGCCAUUUCUUACGCUAAUAUCUAUUUCCGUCUCCGUCACCAACUGCUUUAUGUACAAGGCCAUGUUCACCAACGACAACAACUUCCUCCGAAUGGCGUUGUAUCGUCUGCACUAAAUGUAGAGCGAUACAAGAAAACAGUUUCUGUCAUAUUAUGGAUACAGCUUGGAUUAUUUGCUUGCUACUCUCCUGUUUGUGUUUAUUUAGUUUCGUGGCAUUUUGAAAAGUUUUGGGACACUAAUGUGAUUGACUAUCUCAUUUGUUUACUUUUCAUUAACUCAUCUCUGAACCCCAUUCUUUACUGCUGGAAAAUCAGGGAGGUGAAAGAGGCAGUAAAGGACACAAUUAGACAGUUAAACUGUUGCUGUGAAAAAAAUUGA